GGGAGAAGUUCUGAUUGACGUGUCAAACGUGGAUGUAAACAACACAAAACUCACGUUGAUCUUCGAUUUAAUUUUACGAGUUUUGUGAAUUAAAAGUUUAAGUCAAAGUGGAUUUAUUUCAUAAAUUUAAAAAACAAAAUAGAAUAUAAUCAAUUUAACAUAUUUUUAACGGUAAAUCCCCGAUUCACGUUUCAAGUUUUUUGUUUGUUGGGCCGGUUACUUGUGAACACAAGAGUGAAUAAAUUUUUGAUGUGCAAAUUGCAUAAUAUAUAAUUUGCAUUGAAUUGCAUUAAUGUCAUGCCCUCCAGCUUAUAACUAAGAUGAGCGAUUAAACUUUGGAAUAUAAAAUCUCGACGUGGGGUGGUUCAUUUUCAAUAAAUAUUAUUAGGGCAGAGUAUCAAAUUGACACAGGUCUCAACUUACCAAGUCACAAGUGAAACAUGCAUGGAACUAUUACAGCUAGAUCUAUUUUGUUUUUAGUAUUUUGUUGUGUUAUCCGUGGAACUUUUGGUCAGACCUAUAACUAUAAUGAAAUAAGGGAGACUUUUAAAAAUGACUUACUUGACCAACUAGGAGAUGGAGCAGAGAUAACUUUUCAAACACUGGAGGACCACUUUAAAACUCACACAUAUACUUCAACAUCGAAAAGUUUGAUUUCAGAAUGUCUUGUGGACAAUUCUACUUCACCAGUUUCUUUAAACAAAACAUGUUUACUUCAAAAGUGCCUGACACCGGAAGAUGUCUACCAGUUAUCUGGUCUGGCGGAACAGACGACGGAAAAGGAAGUGUCGACUGUCGCGAUGAUGUUAGUACAUUUAAUGGAGAAUAAGACGUGUGGCUAUGAAGGAUUUGAAAAUAAAGACGAGAUCAUUCAUCAAGCAAAACCUUCGUCUGCUGAAGCAUGGGGAUUUGGAAUUCUGUGUACAACAAUAAUCAGUCUGUGCUCUCUCGGAGGACUUAUAGCACUGCCAUUCGUACACGGUAUCAAUUACAAGAAGAUACUGAUCUACAUGGUGGGUCUUGCUGUGGGGACCCUGGCUGGAAGCAGUUUACUGUUCCUUAUACCAGAGGCCCUGGAAUUGACAGAACAAGAGUUAAACGAGCACAGUUAUGUUUGGAAAUGUUUGGUUAUGAUCAGUGGUAUAUACCUGUUCUUCAUUAUUGAAAGAGUCCUUAAAAUCAUCACUAGAAUGAGAGAGAAAACAAAACAAGACAAAAAGUUACAUCAUGAGAUCCAGCCGGGAAGAUUUGCGUCAUUUCACGAGGCAGCACCAGAACCGGAGUACCGUGACCUUGACACGCUGCCCCAUAUUUCACCUUGUGGCGACAAUAUUUCCAGGGAUGAAGACUCGCAAUCUAAUCAUUCUAGAAAUGAUGUCACAACAAAACAUGAACAUAAGCCAAACGGUAGAGCUACACACAACGGUCACACCCAUAUGCACGGUCACGUGCACAAUGCUGCUAAUCCCCAUCAGCAUGUUGCUCCCGUAGCUUGGAUGAUAAUCUUUGGCGACGGACUUCAUAACUUUAUUGAUGGUGUAUCUAUUGGGGCUGCAUUCACAGAGAGUAUUCUGGCGGGUGUUUCUGUUUCCGUGGCAAUAUUAUGUGAAGAGCUUCCUCAUGAAUUAGGGGAUUUUGCUGUGCUGUUGAAUGCAGGGAUGAAGAUUAAGCGUGCAGUUUUAUAUAAUUUCCUGUCAGCGUGUAUGUGUUACCUGGGAUUGGUAGUUGGUAUCUUUCUCGGAGAAAAUACCGCAGCUCAUACUUGGGUGUUUGCUUUUGCAGGCGGCAUGUUUUUGUACAUAGCAUUAGUUGACAUGAUGCCAGAGAUGAACACUGCAGGUGAAUCAGAGGAGAAUAAAAAGCUAAUUGGUGAAGGACAGAUAUUUCUUCUACAGAAUCUUGGACUAAUCACCGGAUUUGCCAUCAUGUUUAUCAUGGCAGUGUAUGGAGGUGACCUUGAGGCAACAAUUAAAGGUGAAGGUCAUUAAUGAGGUCAUAAAGAGAUUAGAAUUUUGUGUGAUAUACUCUGUAGUCAUUUAAGGAAUUGUUUGUGUGGGAUUAUGUAUAAUAAUACAAUAUAGUCAUAAAUAUGAGUUUCUGAUUUGAAUUAUAUAUAUAUAUAUUUUUUUGUUAUAUUCUCUUUGAUAUAAAAUUUGACGUGAUAAGUUAAUGGGGCAAAAAUCCAUUUUAAAGAAAAAGGAAUUUUUAUUUUUUCAUAUUAUUUAAGUUAACCAUUUUUCUCGUAGAUGAUGCGAUUUUGUUUUACAUCUUUCUAGGGGGAUGAAUUUGUUAAGAUUUUUAUUUCUUAUUGAUAUAUUUAUAGUGGUUUUUGUUAAGCAUUUGACUAUUUCUACUUAAGGGAUCACGAUAUGUACUGCCAUUGAAAAAUGAAUAUUGUGAACAUUCAAUAAGUUUUUGAAAUAUAUUUUAUCAUUUACUUUUUUUUAUAGUCAUUUUUAACUUGUCUUUUUCUAAGAAAAAAUAAUUUUUCUCAUAUUUAUUGUUAAUGAAGCAAUAUGAAUUAAAAAAUAUUGUACAAAUUUCAAGUUUUAGAGUCAAUCCAUAAAUCAGUUAUAUGAAAUUACACAAAAUAAUGUUAUUUCUUUCAUUUGUUAUUCUUAUAAUAAAAUUUUAAACCUUACUCUUAUUGAUCCCUCGUGUCAUAGUUAUGUUAAAGGGAUUCCAUAUAUUUUUGUGAUUUAUUUUCUAUUUUAUGUAGGUCUGUCUGGUUUGAUAAUUUGUGUGAAAAUUUUAUAUCAUAUAGAUUCUAAAUCUUAAAUCAGUUCACUCAAUUUCAAGAUUAUUAUAUUGAAUGUAAAAAAUGACAAAAAAAAAAUGAAAACAACUUCAAUUGGGCUAAAAAUGUGUGAAAUUAAUGUUAAAAAUCAGAUUGAAAAGCUGAUGCAUACUGACCAUAUGGAAAUAUUUGUUUUGAUUAUAAAUUUAUUUAUAUUUAGUCAAUGCACACAAGAUGUUGUAUUUUACAUUUCAUAAAUGAAUUUUAAAACCUUAAAGAUUUGCAUUAGAAUCAUUUGACAAUGGUUGGUUCAGUAAGUGAAAAUUUUACUGAUAUAACUGUAAUGGCCAAAUAUUGUACAAAAAAAAUAAAUAAAUGUAUCAUAUUUAUGUAUAAAAUAUUAUCAACACCUUGAGUUCAGUCUUUAGAGUGCAAUAUCCAACUUUAACUGACAUAUUUGCCAAUUAUAUGCUAUCUACAGUUCAUUUUUCAAUACCGUUGCUCAACUAGUAAAGUUUGAAAGCUAAAAUAAAGACUUUAUUAUUAUUAUUAU